AUGUUCGGUGGAAAUAAGCCCUUAUUUGGAGCUCCGGCAACAACAACCGCUUCUUCGACAACCCCAAGUACAGGCAAGUUGUUUUCUAUUGAGUAUUUAUUGGUUUAGGUCUGUUCGGACAAACUUCCCAGCCCAGUACCGGCUUUUCCUUUGGCCAGCCUGCCACAUCUGCUCCAUCCACCAACCUAUUUGGAGGCCAGACAUCUGGAGGUGUUUUUGGAGCUAAGCCAGCCGCAGGUGGAUUAUUUUCGGGUCUCUCGACUUCAACUGCUGCUCCUACAUCAACUCCCGGAUUAUUCGGCACUCCAGCGGCUUCAACUGCUCCGGCGGCGGCUUCAACUCCGGCUGGAAGUUUGUUUGGAACUCCGAAGACUACCGCCGCUCCUCCCAGUUUUUCGUUUGGGCAGGCAGCCACACCAGCCGCCUCAACCAGCCUUUUCGGAGCCCCAGCAUCUGGAGGUGGUAUAUUUGGAGCCCAGCCGGCCGCCACAACAGCUGCUCCAGCGUCGGUUGGCCUGUUCGGGACGCCAGCACCAAGUACGGCACCUUCUGCGACGUCUGCUCCAGCGUCGGGUGGUCUGUUUGGGGCUCCAGCAGCUAGCACGGCACCUAGUGCAACAUCGGCUCCAAGUUUAUUUGGAGCCCCGGCUUCGAGCACCGCCACUUCCUCAGCUGCACCAGGAGGAUUAUUUGGAGCCGCAGCCACUGCAACGACCACUGCUGCGCCGGCUGGAGGAUUAUUUGGAGCCACUACAACGUCAACUGCAGCUUCGGCACCAGCUUCAGGCGGACUUUUCUCCGGUUUUUCGACUUCAACUGCUCCGACAUCGACUACCGGUGGAUUAUUUGGGACUCCGGCGGCUUCAACUGCCCCCACGGUAACUUCAACACCUGCAACUUCCGGUUUAUUUGGAGCUCCGAAGACCGGCGCCGCUCAGACUGGGAUUUCCUUUGGCCAGCCAGCCGCACCAGCCGCCUCGACCGGCCUCUUUGGAGCCCCGGCGUCUGGAGGUCUGUUUGGAGCCAAACCAGCCACAACAACCGCUGCGCCAGCGUCGGGUGGGCUUUUUGGCGCUCCAGCAGCAAGCACGGCACCUAGUACAACAUCAGCUCCAAGUUUGUUUGGAACCCCGGCUGCGAGUACCGCCACUUCGUCAGCUGCUCCAGGAGGGUUAUUUGGAGCCACGUCCACCGCCACGACCACUGCUGCGCCGGCAGCAGGGUUAUUUGGAGCAACUGCUACGUCAACUGCAACUUCGGCUCCAGCUCCAGGCGCAGGGUUAUUUGGAGCGACUACAACUUCAACUGCAGCUUCCGCACCCGCUCCAGGCGGACUUUUCUCAUCCCUUUCGACUUCAACUGCCCCCACAUCAACUUCCGGUGGACUAUUUGGAGCUCCGGCGGCUUCAACUGCCCCUUCGGUGACCUCAGCUCCUUCAGCAGGCGGUAUUUUUGGAGCUGCAAAAACUGGCGCUGCACUUUCUCUUGGAACAACUCCGGCUACUGGAACCCUCGGAGCUGCCAAACCCGCUGAUUCGACGCAAGGACUGCAGGGAAAACUGAAGUUUACCGAGUUGGACACGUUAUUGAACAAGUUGUCCAUUGAUCUUCAAGAACAAGAUAAUCGGUUCCAAGAAAUUUUGACGCAGGUCAACCAACAGGAUCUGGUACUCUUUGAUAGACAACAGAAGGUGAGAAAGGAGCGAUUUUGGAUUUGAGAAUGGCUUGAGAGAGAUUUUAAGGUUUUUGGAUGUUGCACUGUGCGAUAAAAGAGAAUUUUUAUUAUUGCACAGUGCAGAAAGGAAUUUUUUAUAAAAUUUUUGGCGAGGUAGUAGAUUAGUGGACUGACAUUCUGUUUUUAUAAUAACAACGAAGAUUUUUGAUUCGUGAGUUUGUAAUUAAAAAAAAAUUUGAUUUUUGCACUGUGCAGUCAAAAAAAAAAAAAAUUCUUUUUGAAAAUUUUAAUUUGAUUGAAUUUCAGUUGGAAGAAGUUGUCAAAGACCUAGAUGCCCUCGAGAAGGAUCACUUCCGCUUUUCGACUCAUGUGGAAAUGCUGGAAGAGCAACAAAACGAAGCCAGAAAAUUUAUUGAAGAAAUGGAGAAGAAACUUGGAUUGCCCGCCUUCAAUGAUCCCCAACAGCCAGGCCCAGCCUCAACAUUGAAUGUGGAUGUCAAGAGAGCUGCACUGUAAGCGUUUGAAAAUUUUUGAUCUCGUAUUUAGGUUGUUUCUCCGAGUUUUGACCGCUGUGCUGUGCAGUGAAAACCUUUUUUCGAAAUUUUGAUGGAUUAGAGUUUUGGAUCAAAAACUUUUAAUUUUCCUAUGUCAGGAGGGCUUUUGAAAGGGUUUGAAAUUCGUAUUUUAAGACGAUUGGCCAUUUUAUUGGAUUUUUCAGACAUUACUUUUGAAAAAUCAAGUGUAAUAUCCGAAUAUUUUAGGCUCCAACUCCUCCUCGAGACUGAUAUCGCCGCCAAACAGCUUGAUAAUGAAGUAGAAGACGCCACUCAACAACUCCAAUCCCUCCGAAACAUCAAAACCAAGAUCCAGAAGAACACGGAGACGGAUGGAAAAUCAGCUCUAGAACAAUUGCAAGCAAUUUUGUCAUGCCAAAUGGAAGCGAUUGUUGGUCUGGAAGAGGAAUCCGACGAAUUGGCCAAAAGACUCGCCGCUGUUCGCGCUCAGCGAUAA